AAAUUAUAUAAAAUCCUUAAUUUCCAACAUGAAGCGUACUCAUGACCAAAUGGAGGAUCUCGAGAAAGAGGGAGAAGAUGGAGAAGAAGAAAAGGAAGAGGCGAAAAUUGGCAAGGACUCUGAAAUAAUUGACACUAUGGGGAACAAAAGAGAGUAUGCCACCAUGCCAAAAAAGACUAAGUACCGUAUGAGGGCUCAUGUGAAUCCGCUAAAUGAGCCAAAGUUCCCCUUCCCUCUCUCUCCUGAAUGGGUGGACUGGUCUCUCCAUUAUCCAGCAUAUUUUGGUAAAUUGGAUAAUAACGGAGACAGGAUUGUGUGCAAUACGCCUGUGCAUCCUGUUACUUAUGACACCAAGCCUGAAGUCGAUGAGAAGUAUAAAAAUUCUCAGGUCAGGAUCCUUGAUAUUGGCUGUGGUUACGGUAACCUCUUGAUUGAGCUCAGCAAGGAGUUCCCAGAGAAGCUCAUCCUAGGCAUGGAGAUCAGAGAUAAGGUCACUGAGUUCGUGGUAGACAAAAUUAACGCCCUCAGGAUCAACUCUGGAUAUACAAAGUUUACCAACAUAGCUGCGAUCAUGACAAAUGUGAUGAAGCUAGUGCUUAAUUAUUUUGGGAAAGGCCAGUUGGAAAAGAUAUUUAUUUGCUUCGCAGAUCCACACUUCAAAAAAUCAAAUUACAGAAGAAGGAUCAUCAAUGGUCCCUUGUUGUGUGAGUAUGCUCACUUGCUUAAAGAAGGCGGCAAGAUUUAUACAGUAACUGAUGUGAAAGACCUUUACGACUGGAAUGUAAACUUCUUGGGUAAGCACGCUCUUUUUGAAGAAGUCACAGGUUCUGAGAAGGACGAUGAUCCUUGUGUCAAGAUGAUGAGUGAACAGACUGAUGAAGCCAAAAAGGUGAUUAAGAGAGGUGAUCCAGUCUGGUCAGCCGUGUUUAGAAAAAUUACAGGCAAGCCAAGCACAGAAGCUCUGAUGGAAUAUAUGAAAUAAGAUGCGUGAGUUCAUUA